AAAUGGAAGACGAUCAUUGUGAUGCGCUGACAUGAGAUAUAAAUACUGCCCUCACGGUCCUCUUUAGACUUGCUGUAUUUGUCUGAUAAGUAGGAAAUGCUUACACGCAAAACCACAUACUUGAACUCAUCCUAAGACAAACACUGCUGACCAUGUCGCCCAUUGGCCUCCUUUAUGGCGUCGCCUUUUUGUCAACGCUCGUAACUGGGCAGGCACUGGUUGGUCCCGCAGCCUGUGCUACCUUGAAGUCUUCUCUAUCGAAUGUAGAAGUCAUCAACAGUAUACUUCACCCUGAUUUUAUAAGCAGUCGGUACACAUACUGGAAUUCUCGCCAAAGCAGUUAUACCCCGUCGUGUAUCUUCUACCCAACUUCCGCCCAAGACAUCUCCACCGCCAUCAAGGUUAUUCGGACGACGGGCUCUCGGUUUGCCAUCAAAGCCGGUGGUCAUAACCCGAAUGAUUUCUUCUCAUCCGUUGACCAAGGGGUCUUGAUUGACCUCAAAAAGAUGAAUGGCAAAUCAUACGACGCCGAGACUACUCUCGCAACUUAUGAGCCUGGAAACAAGUUUGGCGACCUCUACGAGUUCUACGCACCCCUUGGACGCACAGUUGUCGGCGCCCGUCUGGCUGGCGUCGGCACUGGUCUCGCACUAUCAGGUGGCUUGUCCUUUAUCUCGCCCCAGUAUGGCAUGGCUUGCGAUUCCUUCCGCUCUCUUGAGAUUGUUCUGCCAAGCGGAGAAAUAGUUACUGCCUCCCCAGAGUCCAACCCCGACCUCUUCUUUGCUUCGCGUGGGGGAGGAGGCAACGCUUACGGCGUUGUCACCAAGUACACGGUUCAAUCGCGCCCAGCCGGUCAGUUCUUCGCUGGAAACAUUUUUUACCUCUUCGAACAAACUCUGGAUGUUCUCGAUGCUAUCAACAACUUCGCCGCUUACAACACGGACCCCAAGGCAUCCAUUAUUGGAACAUACGAAAAGCUCCCCACACCAGAUCUCACCCUUAACCUUGAUGAAUUUAUUAUCAUCUUCCUCGUCUACGAUGGUCCGGACGCAGGAGAUGCCUUCCAGAACUUUACUAGCAUCCCUUCGUUCCUCAACACCAUGUCAAUCAAGACCUACCCAGAGGUGACCAACAUGCCGGCUCCUAUGUCAGGGGAGCUUUCCCGAGGUGCCAACACAUUCCGGGUCGCGGUUCAACGUGUUCAUGGCACUGCUGUCCAUGAUGUGUACGCCAACUGGAACGCCUGGGCCGAGAGCCACAAGGGGGAUUAUUUUCUCAUAUCUCUCGACUUCCAGCCUGUUGCUAAGUCACUCACCGAUGCAUCGAACGCUUACGAGGGUGGAAAUGCCAUGCAAAUGCCUGAAGGGCCGUGGAUGUGGAUUAACUAUCUGAUCACUCUCCCGCCUCUUACCACGGCUGCCAACUACAAGCGAAUUCAAGCCAGCUUCAAGGCGAUGGUGGAGGCAAUUCCUAAUGCUAAGGGACUACCGUUGUUUAUUAACGAUGCGAGCUUUGACCAGAAUCCACUUGAGACUUAUGGAGGGUACGAAACCUUGAAGAUAGCAAAGGCCAAGUAUGACCCCGAGGGAUUUUUUUCCAGCAAGACCGGAGGUUGGAAAUUCACUUAACCUGAAGACGGGUACACACCAUACGAUCUAUAUAUUGUACAAUUGCAGUCUAUAUAUAGCAUAUUUUCUAACAACGCCC